AUGGAGCAGAACGCAGCUGCUCUACAGAGUUUGGAGGCCGCUCGCGCCAACUCUGAGGCGACCCAGAGCGUUCGUUUUGCCAAGGAAGUGGAGUUUCUGCAACUGGUUCAAGGUGGAAUGUCCGUUUUUGAAUAUACGAACAAGUUUAAGCACUUGGUUCAUUUCAACACUAUGACUACCAGUGAGGAGUGGCAAUGCAUAAAGUUUGAAAAUGGGCUGAGGAGUGAUUUGAAGGUGCUAAUUUCCAGCCUGUGUAUUCGCUCAUUUCCUGCGAUGGUUGAAAGGGCCAAAGUAUUGGAGAAGAAUAUGGCAGAAGCGGAACAACAUAAGAAGCAACAACAGGUGGUUAGGGGACCGAUCGUCUCCAGAGGAAAUGUUAAUCAGAGAAGAAUACCUUACGCCCGUCCAAAUACGAGUGGAUCUCAAGCACUAAUUAUUGCCGGACAAUCUGGGCAACAAGGAAACGUGACUUGUUUCCAGUGUGGAGGACCACACUACCGAUCGUCAUGUCCUAAAUUGAUAGGAGGAAAAUUUUGCGCUCGUUGUAGAAGAAGUGGACAUCUGGAGAGCGAGUGCAAUAUGGGAGGACGGGCAGUGAUGAAACCACCGAAUGCUGGGAGGAAUCAGCCAAGAGGUGGACGAGCCCAAGCGGUUGGGCGUGUAUAUGCGAUAACGGGCGCAGAAGCAGCAAGCUCAGGUAACCUUAUAACCGGUGAAUGCUUGCUGUAUGGAAUUUAUUGUCGUGUGCUGUUUGAUUCUGGGGCGACUCACUCCUUCAUCUCGAAGGCGUGUGUUGAAAAAUUGGGAAUAAUUGAGAGGGAGAUGCAGUUAGACUUGGUGGUGUCAACCCCAGCGGUUGGAGAGAUUAGGACGUCUACCGUAUGCAUUAGAUGUCCUAUUGUGGUUGAGGGGCGUAGUUAUAAGGUGAACUUGAUCUGUUUACCUUUAAAAGAGUUAGAAGUGAUUUUAGUAAUGGAUUGGUUGGCUACCAAUCGCAUUCUCAUAGACUGUGGUAAGAAGGAAUUAAUUUUUCCGGAUGAAGAAGAAGAAGAAUUAUCAGUGACGCUCGGCCAAUUGAAAGAAGACAUUAUGGAGGGCGCCAGCUGUUUCCUGAUUAUGACGCACGAAGAUCAGGAAUUCGGAAGGUUGGAGCAAGAACGAUCGUCCAGUAGUGACAAUAAGGGACGAUCGGUUGUGGAUGAAUUCCCGGACGUUUUUCCGGAAGAAAUACCUGGACUUCCCCCUCCUCGUGAAGUUGAAUUCACCAUUGAUUUGGUGACGACGACAGCACCUAUCUCCGUUUAA